UCUUCUCUCUCUCUAGCUCUACCUCUACCUUUCCAUGCCUUUCUGGGAUUUCUAGUUUCUUAUUCCCAUCCUUUGCUUGCUUGACAACAACUAUACCCCUCUCUCUCCUUCAUAUAUCCGUGCACCUUUCUUUGAGUAUGUUUGUUUCUUCAACAAGAUUUGAGUAUUUUUUAUAUUCUUGUGCUUUUCUUCACCAAUUCCUUUAAUAAAGCACAAAAACACCAAAUCAAUUGUUCUUCUUUCAAACCCUUUUUAGCUUUUCUUCCAACAAAUUAAAACCCAAAUCUCCUCCUAAAUUACCCACUUGAUUAUAUUUGCACUUUUUUUCUUUUUUUGCUCAUCUCUUGAUAUCAAGUUGGAUUAUAAGAAGGAAAAGAAGAAUAUAUAAUUUUGGUUGUGAGAAAAUGCCCUUACAAGGAGGGGUUUUCAUUCAACAACAUUCUUCAAAGACAAAUAUUCCAGAUCUUUCCCUUCACAUUAGUCCUCCUAAUACUAAUAAUUCUUCUUCAAUCAAUGGAAUUAUAGAUGCAAGCUUCAAUCUUUCAAGCUCUUUCAUCAAGAGUACUGCUAGUGGUUCACAACCACCCUAUAGUACUGAGCUCUCUCUAGCACACCCAUCCAAAGCCAUGGAGGGUAGUACUGAAAUAAACCAUGGGGUUUCGUUGCUUGGUGUAUCAUCGUCGUCGUCAUCGUCGGACGGUGGUUUGAGGCCGAUAAAAGGGAUUCCGGUGUAUCAUAACCGUCCAUUCCCCUUCCCUUCUUCUAGUCCUUUAGACCACAAUCACAAAGAUUCCAAGAUGAUGAGUUACUACCAAAUCUCUCCUUCGUAUCCCUAUUUAGGGCAUAACCCUCAUCAGUACUCUUCUUACGGCCGGUUACCACCGCAGACCAUGACACCAACAACAAGGCUGCUGAAUGGGUUUUCAUCAGACAAAAACUUACAGUAUGGAUCUUGUAUGGAUCAUGGUAUGAUUAGAUCAAGAUUUCUUCCAAAGUUUCCCACAAAGAGGAGCAUGAGGGCGCCAAGGAUGCGGUGGACUAGCACUCUUCAUGCUAGAUUUGUUUAUGCUGUUGAGCUACUUGGAGGCCAUGAAAGGGCAACUCCAAAGUCAGUUCUGGAGCUGAUGGAUGUCAAAGAUCUCACAUUAGCUCAUGUCAAGAGUCAUUUACAGAUGUAUCGAACUGUUAAAACCACUGACAGACCUGCUGCUUCCUCAGAUGGAUCAGGAGAGGAAGAGAUUAUAACCUCAAUAGGAAAUAAUAUUAAUGCAAGACAAAGAAUAUUCACAGAUCAAAGAGGGCCAUCAUUAGAUGUAUCAUUGCACCAACAAAUGGACUACUCUUCUACUACUACUUCACUCUGGAGUAACUCUUCAAGAGAGGCGUGGCAACAAUCAAAUUCCAAUGACAUGGAUGGGCACAGAAAAGGAUCACUCAAGCAACAACAAGGAUUUGGAAGACAAACUGAGGAUUGUGAUUCAAUUCAGAUGAAAGGAUAUUUAGAGUCUAAUUUGUAUUGCAAGAACCCUAGUUUGGAGUUCACAUUAGGCAGACCAGACUGGAAUAUUGGGAAGGAGCAUACAUAACUUCUACAGCUCAUUUUCCGCUCAACUUAACUGGUCCUCAGGUUUGUUCUAUUCGGACGUUGUAUCAACUAAUAUUCCUUGAGAGCUUGCUGCUAUGGCGAUCAUGAGUGACAGGAAUAUUAAUACAAGUUGCCAAGAGGAAGAAAAAAGUCACAGAAUAUAUAUAUAUAUAUUGUGGGAGUUGUUGUGAUUGAUCAGUCACAAUUGUAAAAUAACAUGGAAGAGAAGAGGAAAUGAGAAAAAGACUAUACUUA